AUGUCUUUUUCUUCCUUAGCGGUGUGCCUUGGAUUAUCACUGGGCCAGUCCAUACCUGCGUACAUCCUGGUCAAGAGGAUGGCAUCCUGGUCCAAAGCCCGGGAGUUCUGUCAAAAGCAUUACAUCGACCUCGCUGUCGUAAACAAAGAAGAGCAAUACUUCACUCUCCUCGACCUCACCGCUUCGGUCAAAGACAGCUUUUGGCUCGGUCUCCAGCAGCAGAAUACCUCUGUCAGCUGGAUGUGGGUGGAUGGAGAGGAGCUGACCUAUGAUCACUGGUACAAGAGGUACCCUAAAGGUCACUGUGCAAUCUUGGAGGCCAUGUUGGAAGGAGACAAGACACUGCUGGGUCGCUACUGUGAUGAGAUGCACAUGUUCAUCUGUCAAGGUGAGGUAUGCCCGUUUGAUUUAUAUUCAUGACAAUCACCGUAGGUUAUUUGAUUGAAGGGAAUAAGCUGUUUGCCUAAAGCUGACACAAAAGUUCAUCUUGAGGUAGAUUACGGACCAAAAUAUUAGAGCUGGGAGGCAAAAUGUAUGUCAGAGAUUCUUACAGUCAUGAAUGGACUGUCCACAUAAGUGAGAUCAAGACAUAACAUCCAGCAUCCUCGCUUGUGUUGAUAAAUGCUGGCAGGAGGUUGAAAUUAUUUUUAUAUUCAUGGCCCAGGAUUUUUUUCAUUGGUUGACAUAAAACCUGUGUUUGUCUAUCUAAUUUUGACCUUCACUCUUCCUCAGGUCCUGUCUCUCCACAGUCAGUCAAAGUGGACUCUGUGAGCUCAGAUGGCGUGGCUCUCAGUUGGGAGGUCUCUGCUUUUAUGCAGAUGACACCACACAGUUACAAUGUGACGAUAUAUGGCAGCACACGUGAAACACUCAUCUACCACUACGCUCACGGCUCCACUUCAAUGAGCAUCAACAUCACCAACUUAACUUCAGACACUGAGUUCCUUAUUGAAGUUUCUGCAUCUGUUGUUCGGCCUGAUGGUGAUGCUGGUCGAGAUGUUACCCUUCAAAGUCCCCCGACAGCUUUAGAAGUUAAAACAGGUAAGGACUGAAACCCCCUUUGUGGCUCUGAUUGAAGACAUUAAUGUGGACAGAAACAUACUUUAACAUGCAGACAAGACAAAACACUUAAAAAGCUGGUGGUCUCAUGUGUCAAAAUUUCUCCUUCCAGUGGACUCUUUCAGACAGCCCAGAGGUAUCACCCUCAUGUUGAAGUUGCUCAAGCUUGUCUCUCUGGGUCCUCCACUGUUUGUUCUUUACCACAUCCUAAAAAAGAGUAAGCCUUCUAAUAUACAAUGACCUUAAUCACUGUCACUGUCAUCUAUCUACCUCUGGUCUCUUAUUGGUUACUCUUCUUUCUUCUCUAGGUGAUACCGAGGAGUCAGAUCAUGACCUCUCAACAGAUCUGGAGCAUGCAGCUUUAGAGACACGAGUUGAAUUAGUCCCAGAGAGAAUCAGAGGAGUCGGUUGAAAACAGAAAAAAACAUACAUCACCCCCAGAGAACAAUGCUCUCAAGAUUGGGGUCCAGAUUUCAAACAAAAUAAGGACAUGUUCUCUUGAUUUAACCCGUUAGUUUUGUGAUCUAAAACUAAGCAGUGUUUGGUACUUCUUCUUACAACAAUCAUGGUGCCAGUGCGUAAGAGUCAUGAGCUGACAUCAAGGCAGUUGUUUCAAACUUAUUUUACCUCUUUGUUACUCAUAUUUCAAUCGACCCCACUUUCAGUAUGAAUAUACUAUAGUAGCUUGAAGGCUAGGCAUCUUUUGUACUUUUAUUUUGUUUGUUCUUUUAAAUAACAUCCAGUUAUCAAAUGUGUAUUUUCCAUUUUUGUUUUUGGAUCUAGUUCUGACGUGCCUUGAAAAGCUGCCGCACAGAAGGUGAAGGCCCAGUGUGUAGAUUUCCUUUAAUGUGAAAAGCAGCAGUGAAAGCAAAAAGUGUUAUUCUGUGUCAUUGCAGAACUUACUUAUAAUAAUGGUGCUGUACCAUCAACAUGGUUCAAGCUUGCAGAGGAAAUAAUGAAGUUCCUUAUAGUGAAAGUUAAUGUGGUUGUAUCUGUCGGUUUUUGGGAAAAACUUAACUAGUUUAUGAAAACGGCAAUCACAUUUAAUUCCGUUAGCUGCUGCAUUAAUUUUCUAAUCAGGAUUUUCCAGUUAGUUAUUAAGUUUCAAAAAGGUCAAAGUCAAUGUGAAAUGGUUUAUAUAAAAUCAAAGCCUUGACUGAGAAACUGUAUUUAAGUUACACUUUCUAAAGAUAAUAUUUCAAUGUAAGGCUUUGAGAGAAAAUUGAUAGUAUUUUUGCAUUUUCAUUUAUUUGCACUUUUUUAUUUUUUUAUCGAUACAUUUUUUUUUUCCAGCCAGUUAUUACAUGCAGUUGUUUUAUUUCAGGUACUUAUUUCUGACUGUGUUUUCCACAGAUGAUUGGAAAAUGGUAAGAGUCGAUACUCAUGACUCAUGUGUCAUUAGACUUUAGGUGGUUUACUUUAAUAUAAGCUAAAAUGCUGCAAUCCAAGACAGUCAAAGAAGCAUUUAUGUCACUCUGAUUUGAAAUAUAUGUGUGUAUAUUUAUUUAUUUAUGUAUUUCUGAGUUUUAAAAGUAAAGUCCACAAUGAGGCGUUGAGAAAUAAAGCUGAAGAUCUGUGGAAUAUAAACAGACUAGUUGGAAAUGAUAUUGUUCUCUACAUGAGCAGACUGUUGCUGACUUUGGUGGCUGAUUGUGCUACUAAGAGUUAUACACAAUGUAUGAACGCUCCACAAAAAUAAAAAUUUCCAACAAUGUCAAACGGUUUCCAUUCAUAACAUCAAAUACGACUUCUCUUCAUCCAGCUAUUAGUUAUAAGUUAUUUAAUCACUCACAGCUGCAGCUAGGUGAAGCUGUUCCACUCUCGGCCCACUCACUGCUGAGACUUCUGUCUGUGAGUUUUUUCACAUAAAGACCACGUAGCUUCUGAUUAAUACAGCUAUUGACAGAAAUAGAUACCGUAUGUUUGUGGGUUUUUGAGUCCAUUUCGCUGACUUAGCAUUUCUAAGGUCAGACCACAUCCUGUGAGCCCAACAUAUAUAUGUGAGUGUGUGAACAUAGAGGUGGGUUUCAGAGCGCUCACAGCCUCAAACACUUCACAAUGUUUCACCUCAGGGCAGUCACCUGCUGUAUGGUCGUCCUUAUUGUCCACUUGAGUAAGUAUCAUCUCCUAUGUCCAUGUAGAUUCUCAUUCAUCCAGGUCAUGGUUAUCUUGAAGACUGGACUGUGUAGAGUUGAGAAAGAGUGUAGAGUUCUCAACUCUACACAGUCCAGUUGCCUGUUUUUAAGUCUUCAAGAUAUCAUCUCCUAUAUUUCAGAGUUUUUCACUUUAAGAUGUACAAAAUGCAAAGUGAUGCUACUUUUGACAUUACAGUGUUUGCAGGGUCUAUUGGUUUGAUUCAUGCAGUCUCUAAUUGAUUUCCUGUUUUAGGUCAUGGCUCUGAGAUUAUCGGGGGGAAAGAAGUGAAGCGUCACUCCCUGCCUUUCAUGGCCCUGCUGAUGAAUAGAGGUCCGGACUGUGGAGGGAUCCUGAUCAGUCCAAAAUGGGUCCUGACUGCUGCUCACUGUGGAGAGUAAGAACAUGAUACUUAUAAUUGCUGAAGACUAAUUAUCAAAUGUGGAACUGUUAUAUUUUUAAGUGAUGAUGUAAGAAAUGCAAAUAUCAGAUUAGCUGUCUGCACAUUUUUUGCCAAUGUUGGUGAACGCCAAUUAAAUUUCCCACCUAUAUUGAGAAAUAAACAACAUAUUGAUAUGAUUGCUAAUAAUAUAUUUUAUUUAUAAGCACCUCUCUGAACACUCAAGGAAACUUUACAGAGUAAGAGCAGCAACAUAAAACAGCAAGAUAAGAGCAACAGAGAGUAUAUAUACAUACAUACAUAUAGAUAGAUAGAUAGAUAGAUAGAUAGAUAGAUAGAUAGAUAGAUAGAUAGAUAGAUAGAUAGAUAGAUAGAUAGAUAGAUAGAUAGAUAGAUAGAUAGAUAGAUAUAGAUAUAGAUAUAGUGCAUAUAUGUAGUGCAUUGAGCAGUUGUAGGAGUUGCAUUUAGUCAAUAUCAUUUAAAGGUCAAGUGUUCAAGUCAUUAUUAUAAGAUUCACAUGUUGACCUUUAGUGCAGGAAAUUCAGAGAUGAUACUUUUUUUUCCUGCUCUCACAGGAUUAAGGAAGUGAUACUUGGAGUUCACGCCAUCAAUGAAACAGAAAAAAACGCCAGGCAGGUUCUUAAAGUCAAACGUUUUCCUCAUCCCUGUUACGAUGCAGACGAACAUGUCAACGACCUCAUGUUGCUCAAGGUAAGAUGGCAUUACAAUGACCGCAGUUAAGCCAAUACAGAGCUAGUAUUUUUAAAAAAGUUUUAACAUUUAAUAAUCUUGAUAAAAAAAAAGAAAUUAGUGUUUUGCAGAUCAUUUAAAAUCUAUAUUUAAUAAAAGUGAUUAGUGUUGAGCCAGUUUAGCACUCAGACCCCUUUACUACUGAGCCAUGCUGCUUGUUGAAAUGUGCAGGUCUCCCUGAGAUAGGCAUUGUCUGGAUGGCAGCAUAUGUUUCUCCAAGCCUGUUUAUGUUGUUAAGGGGAUGAUGUGAAAGUCAGUAUCGUUAUACCAUGAAAUCUUUCAUUUCAGCUGAAAAAAGCAGCAAAGAAAACAAAGACGGUGCAAUGGCUCGAUUUGGGUAACACCAUCAAAGACCCUGCAGCAGGCACCAUCUGUAAGGUGGCUGGAUGGGGGAGAACAAACAACAUCGGGAAAAUGUCAAACGUCCUGAUGGCUGUGAAUGUGACAGUAAUCGACAGAUACAAGUGCAACUCCCAGGGUUAUUACAACCUCACACCUAUAAUCACAAGAGGCAUGGUCUGUGCUGGCUCAGACGGCCAGAACAGCGCAGAUACCUGUCAGGUAAGGAUGUAAACAGCUGUGAGCACUUUGUCCAUACCUGCUCUGUAUGAGCCUAUAAAUAACAGGUUUUUUUCUCUUGAUAGGGGGACUCAGGAGGUCCACUGCUGUGCAACGGGCAACUAGUGGGAGUUACUUCUUUUGGAAAAAAAUGUGGUCUUAUCAAGAAACCUGGGGUUUACGCUUUUCUUUCUGAAAAACAACUCGACUGGAUCAAAAAGACCAUGAAGAAGUCUGACAUAUGAAUCCCCUUCCUCCCUCAGUGGUGUAUUAGUUGUG